AUGUCGUCGAGCAAGCGCAAGAACAGGAGAGAUAUUCUUUUGGAAUAUGUAAGAAAUGCUCAGCCAUAUUUUAUGGAGUUAUUCAUGAAAAGGUCACCACAACAGGUUGUUGAUGCUAUGCGUCAAACUGUGACAAAUAAGAUUGGAACACUUCCACAUCAAUUCUUUGCAAUGACAGUUGCUACGGGAUCGGAGAACCUGGCACAACUCAUGUAUAGUGUUAUGAUGACUGGUUACAUGUUUGGGAAUGCACAAUACCGAUUGGAAUUGCAGCAAAGCCUGGAGCAUAUUGCCCUUCCUGAUCCAGAAGAAAAAAUGUAUGUUCCAGAUUUUGCACUUGGGACACAGAAAAAGGUGGCUGGAGAAGUUAUUAGGUGGAACAAGAUCACUGGCCCUGAAAAAAUGGAUGCAGUGAAACACAUAGAAUAUCUUGAAGCAGAAAUCGAGGAACUGAAUCGCCAAGUAGCAAGGAAGUCGUUAAAUGGACAUAAUGAACUUUUGGAAUAUCUAAAGACCCUAGAGCCCCAGAAUUUAAAGACUUCGGUGACUGAAACAAGUGCUCCUGAACUUGCCAAUCUGCUUUUUUGGCUAAUGGUAGUUGGGUAUAGCAUUCACAAUAUUGAAGUUUUCUUUGACAUGGAAAGAAUCUUCAGUGCACCACCUGGAAAGAAUGUCUGAAGAUGCAGUAAAUUGAGAGAAUCCAACCUUGUAACAUUCCAUGGUAGCCAAUCCCAAACCUCAGAGGCAUUUGAAAGUCUAAUGCAUAGUCUAUCUUAACUUUUGAAGAAGAAGAGAACUAGGGAGGUUUCAUGAUUUGGAUCCUUGAAGAACUGAGGACAGAUCAUUUCAGGUCUUUUCUUCAUUCAUUCCGGUGGAGUGCAAA